CCCAUCCAAUUCUCAUCGCUAGGACACUCACCCCUAGUCCAUUUUGUUGAGCAAUCAUCCUUUUUCCUCUAUGCUCUUUGAAACAGAGGAAGGAACAUAGAGGCAAGUCUUCUGAGAAUGGGUUUGAUGGCACUUAGGAAAGCCACUCUCCUCUUCAUCAUCUCAGCAUCACUUGUAUCGUUCUCGCUUGCAGGCAGGCAAAAAAAAUUAAUGGAUGAAUCCACUGCACAAGUAGGAGAUGUGGCUAAGGAUGCACCCAAAGAGGCUUUGGACAGUGAAGAAGCCAUUGUUGUUCAUCCCAGGAUUCUCACUGUUAAGACAAAUGACUAUGGGAGAUACGAUCCUGCUCCAGCUCUUAGAAAGCCUCCUUUCAAGCUCAUACCAAACUGAUGUGACGAUCUCCAUACAUAAUAUUAAGAUAUAGCUAACUGAGUGCUUCAAGCUUCAUCGCUAGACUUAUUACAUGAGAUAGUCACCACCAUGAAUACUACUGUGAUAUAGAUGUGCAGUGGUGUAUAAGCAAGGGAAGAAAUUUUACUAACUUUAUGUAACAUAUACCUACGUAUGGUGGUUCAACCUUAGACAUUUUAUCCUUGUAUGUGUAAUAUUAUGUAUGCCAAACAUAUAAAUAUAUAUAAGGGAUUUUGCUUUAGUGUUUUUAUUUUCU